GGUUGCCUAGUAACGCUCCCUGACUACAAACCAACACGGAUGGUGGGACAGUUAACGUGUAGCAUUUCUGUUGACUUACCGGGUUAGUAGUCAUUCAAGAAACUCACAAAUGCCACAUUGAAGUUAACACCACAAGGUUUAACAUUUUGGCAUCUUUGUUGACUAGCUUCUCUCACACACCUGCACGGUUUUAAUGGGAUAGCGCCUACGUUGGCGUUAAAACCGGUUAAAACUGGCCGUGUGUGUAGUUUUACCGUAGCUUGCUAACGUUAGCGAAAAGACAUUAUUCAACGUAUAAGCUGGUUAACUUUCACCUGACAUGGAGCUGGAUAUUCGUCGCUGUCUGAAUAAGGCACAUGAGCAACGAGACUCUGACGCUGUGCGGGAAGCUUACCGUUUAAUCAAGGACGUGACAGCGGUUGGAGCCAACGCACACCCUCCACGCAUUGACCCAGAGCUGUACGUCGUUUGCGCAGAAGCAGCUUUACAGCUGGGUUGUUUGGAGAUAAGCACAGCGUGUCUAAAGAUGUACUUUGAAGGGAAUCCGCCGCCUGAUGAAUUUUUGUCUCGUGCUUACCUCUGCCAGGGCCAGCUGAAGUCUCCUCCAGUCACUGGGAGUGUGGAGAACUUUAAGGAGGCUGUGCAGUAUUUUUUGAAAGCACUUGACGUUUCAAAAUCAGAUCCAAGAUACUCCUUCUUGGCGUUCAAUGCCUCAGUGCUGUACUUCCAGACAGUGCGUCCUCUCCUGCAGCUGGGGCGGUGCUCCUACCUGGUCCCCUCCCUCAGGCAGGUGGUCCAAGGUCUGGAAGAGGUGGAAGACCAAGACCACAGCUGGAGGGCUGAACUCAUGAUGCACCUGAUGAAAUGUCUUGUGGAUUCUGGGGAAAUGGAGGAUGCUGCAAGUUUUGCCAAAGUUGCAGAAGGAUUCAUCAAGACACAUGUCGCACAUCUUUAUCCAAGACUCUUUACGAUACUGGUACAUCACAAGCUGAUGGAAGACGAUGUCCUCAUUGAAAAGAGCAGGCAGUGUGCUACCCUCUCAGUCAUUUAUAAAAUACAGGAAUUUAAAAACAGGUUGGAGGAAACUAGUAAGGAUGAGUUAACAAAAGAGGCGCUUGAGCAGAUUUUCCAUCUACUGGUGGAUUGUCCCAAAGUAUCCUCCACACCUGUGAACUCCAGCACUGAUGAGAGCCCGGCACCCAUCCAACCAGCUGACAGAGUUGCUUUCCUCCUGGAGUUGGCUCAGCUGGCCUUGCAAGUGAAGCAUCACAAAGAAGCUGCCAAAUGUUUGAAAGAGCUAAAGUCAGCGGAAGAGGCUAGUAUUGGCCAACGUAUUAUAAUGGAAUGUGUCAGCUGUGAAAUCAACCUGCUGAAGACAGAAACAAAGAUGAAUGCCUAUUCCAAAGCCAGCGUGGAGGCCCGGCUGAAGGAGAUAGGCAAGCUGGAUCAGUGGCUGCAGACUGCAGUGAGGGAGGGGGACCCUGAGGCCAUGCAGGCAGUGUGUGCUACCCAGUGGAGCGCCUGUCUGCUACUCUUGCAGCACAACCUCAGAAAACGUAUAAAGAGACCUCUGCUCAGCGUGGCCAAAGUACUGGAGGACAUGCAAAGUAUGUUGCUGGAGAUGCGCUGUCAAGUCCACUCAGAGCUAGCAGUGAUUGAAGAGGAGGAGGGGCACCUUGAGGCUGCUUUGACUCACCUCAAGAAAGCUGCGCUGCUGGAUAACGGGACACAACGAGAACGCCUGUCGUCAGCUCUCCGCCUCCUGCAGCUCAGAGGGACCCUCUACCAAACACCAUCACGGACUGAGGAUAAAGCCGAUAUGCUUAUGCAGCAGGUCAGGGACAUGCAGCCUCAAGACAAGACAGACAUUCGCCCCACCUUGGUCACUGUGGGUCGUCUCUUGGCCCCUGAUGAUUUCCAGAUCGUCCUGGAUGCAGACAACACCUCCAAAAGCAGUCUUGGAUCUGGACCAGAGGCUCAGCUCUCUGCUAAGACUCUCUCUACAUCUGAAUGGAAGAUGGAUGGAUACCUGGCCAGACAAGGAGAUGACACAGACCACACAGAGAGGGUAAAGUUGUGGGCAAGACUGGUGAAGACAGCCAGGAAACGGGAAGUUUGGGAUGUCUGCCGAGUAGCUUGUCGAUUCUGUUUGCUUUACGAUGACGGGAGAUGGAAGAUUUCCAAGACUGACAAAUGUAGAUGCUCGGAGGAAGAAAGUAGUGCAGAAUGUCUUCACAGCUGCACUGGAAGCCAAACCUGUGUAAGGGACUUGUUGCGGCUUUUAGCCGAAAUCUGCUUCAUCAGUGCUGAGGCCACCGUCCAAAAGCUGCUAACAGAGGGGCAACAGCUUAACAGCCCUGCUGUCCCUGCACUGGGGAGAAAGGAGCAUGUGUCUGAAGAGGAUCCACAUUGGAUUGUUUACAGAGAUUGGAUCCAGGCUCUAUCUUCCUACGCCACCUCCAACUUCUUGCGGGCAGCGGAGCUUGGAGCAGAGAUCAGCGAGCUGUGGGUGGUAACAAAUGCAGCCAUUUACCUGUGGAACUACAGUAGCCACUUAUUGGCAGCUGGGGAGUACAUACGCCUGCUUCCUAGCUUCCAGUAUCUCGUGGGGAUAAUCCGAAAGACAGAGUACAUUGGGAAUCGUGCUCUGCUUGUGCUAAUGUGCGAUGCUGUGGCCCAAGGACUGAUCCAGUCUCUGUGUGGACCAGAUAGCAUUGAGCCAACACCAUCAGGAGACAAGGGCAAAAACAGAGCUGAGAAGGGGAUGAAGGAGGAUGGAAAGCAGGAUGUCCACCACAAGGCACUUGAGCUGUGUGACUACGCCCUGCGCAUAUCCAACUGCAACAUCCCAGGGGAAACGGUCCCCAUCGUGGCAAGAAAACAGGUGGUGUCCACGUGGGUGCAGAUCAAGAGGCUUUUGCAACAGCAGAUUGGCUCAAAGAUGGAGAUGAAAGAUGAGUGUGAGAACGAGGAAGUGUUGGCGAUGACGCGUGUGCUGGUUGGAGUAGAGAUGCUCCAGUGCAAUAGGGACCCGAGGCAUAUGGAGUUUUCCGUUCCCAGUCUCUCCACACUGGUGAACAUGGCGUCUGAGUGCAGCUGGACUGACACUGUGGUGGAGAUGCAGGUGUGGUGCCAGCUGGCUGCCUUCUGCCACUAUGCAAAGGACCACAGCUUGGUGUUGUGCUGCACCAAAAGUGCUCUGCAGCUGGAAGAAGCAGCAGCAAAGAGCCUCAACACCAUGUCCUAUGCUUUCUAUGAACUGAAUGCUGUGAAUGAAAUGCUGAGCAGUGCUACUUGUCUAAGGGGUCUGAGUUUAGUCCAUGAGUCCAAUGGAGACCUUCACAGCUACAGAGAGGCUUUGAAGCUGCUUCUGUCCAGUGUCAGCUAUGCAGAGAAGGCUGAGAAUCCAGCGUUGUGUGUCUCAGCUGUCAGGCAUUACUGGAACACUUGUCUACCCCUGACACAGACUCCUGAGGAAAGAUGGCAGCUCCGAGAGCCUCUGGAGAAGAUCCUGGCUGCUCUGACUCAUACCAACACUAAACAUGCAAAUAAACCGGUCAAAGUGAAAGACUUGCUGACCUUGACAGCUCUGCCUCAUGGGAGCUCCAAACACGAAGCAACAAAUGAAGAGUGCCUAACCCUACGAGCAGCCAUUUACAGUUUGUUACACCACAUCCAAACUGACAAAGACGACUGGAAAAGUGCUCUGCAGCUCCUGGACCAUGCUAUUAGAGAUAUGCCUUGCACCAGACACCGACUACCUCUGUUGAAACAUCGAAUACUGGUAAAAGCACGACUGGGGGAAAGUGUACUGAUGGACAUGCAGGAGUUACAAGACCAAGGAGAGCAGUGCUGUUCAUUUAUGUGGCGCCGGGCGGCACUGUAUGCUGGCAAUAUAACCCAACAGCUCACCUACUACCAGAAAUCCAUCACCUCUCUGUUGAGUGAAGAGACUUGGUGGCAAGAAGUUGUCCUUCUGCUAGAGUUUGGAGAGUGGCUAUACACUAACAACUUCCCCAAAGCUGAUGCCCGGCAGCAGGUUCAGCAGGCUGUAGACAUCCUUCUACACACUGAAACUGAACAUGCAGAGAAAGCAGAGGACAAUUUAAAGGCUUUGAGCUCAGUGAAACGCGAGUCACUGGUUGGAGUCCACACAUUUUUAUUCACACAAAGUUGGACUUAUCUGAAGGAGGUGCGGCGCCUUGACAGCCUCAUACGAGCACACACUCUGCUCUCUGUCAUGGCAGACAGGAAUUCACCUGAGCACCAGCUUAACCUGCUCAAAGCCUACACAUUUGUACUUCAAAUAUGGCAGGUGUCCAUGACAGUGGGUUCUGAAAUAUCUAGUGAGAUGGCAAAGAGUCAGGCACCCCAGCCUCCUCCCUCCGCUGGAGCCAAAGAACGUAAAGACGAGGGCAAAGGGAAAAAAGUGAAAGAACCUCCACCAGAAGAGAGACCUAAACAUGUUGUUUUGGAUCCAUCACUUCCUUCCACACCAAAGGACUGGGCUCGCUUUGUCUGUCCUGACCAGGCCAGGCAGAUCUUCAGAACCAACAGUAACCCCCACUGUAUCAAUACACACAGCAUUACAAAGCAGAGCCUGUUUUAUCUCAACUUGCUGGAAAAAGAGCUUCACUCACUCUCACUCAAACACCUGACCCUGCCCAUAAUGUAUCUAGCCGAGACCAUUGCUCAUGACCUUUUGGAUAUGAGAAGCCUCUCAGAUCUCUACCGACUUAGAAUUGUGAGGACUUGUUGUCAGCUGGGCUUGGAGACACAUUCACCAUAUAACGAUCUGCUGAAUCUGAGUAAAAUUCCAGAACAAGAACAGAUGUGGUGCCGCAAAGCGAUUGCUUUGUCACAGGAGAAGAGAGGCCUUCACGAAGCGUACAAUCAGAAAGUCAAGGUGGAUGAAAAGGCUGGGUCAUGGCAACAGAGUAUGGAUGUGUGUGCUCAGGAUGCGUGGCUGGACAAAGCUGAGGUUUGCCUCAGCUUGGGGCUCUUUCAACCUGCCAGGCAGCUCCUGGCUGAGGCCCACUUGGUGAGUAAGGAAAUUGGGGACCAGAAAGCAGUGGCAAGAAGUUUGCUUGGUCUGGCCAUUCUGGCUUGUGAUGAGCAGAACUAUGCCCAGACUUUGAUCCUGCUGGAUAAAGCCCACGUCCUAGGUGGGGAUGAGGAGUUUUGGUACCAGCUCAUCCUCACCAAGGUCAGAGCUGUCCUAGGCCAGAGGGAUCACGAUGCCCACACCAAGGCUGAUCAGAUUUUGAAACAAGGCUGUGGAGCUUUGAAGCUGGUCAUGGAGCAGCAGGUGAACCGAGUUCCAGAACUCACAUUCUUGAUCACCUCGUUAGAGAUGAGAGGAGCCAUUGAAUGUACACGUUCCCUUGGUGGUGGUAAACCGGGGGAGACUCUCAGCACCGAGGCUGUCCACAGGCUAAAGGCUGCCUGUGAAUCACUGGGAGAAUGUGCCAGUGCUUUUACUCAACUCAGCUAUGGAGAACAUGCAUCAGAGGCACACGAGGAGCAAGCACACGGUCUGAGAAUCCUAGCCCACCAUUCGACUUAUACAGAGGACAAACAGCGUUUCCUGCUUGAUGGGCUCUCCCAAAUGCAGCUAGCUGUUACAGAGCAGGAACAUGUGGUGCAGAAUAUUCAAAAGCUGCUGCCCUCACAGGAGGAGAGUCACGGACUGUCACUGGCAGCCGUGUGGAGGCUGCUGUGUCUGCGACUGGCCCUGGCGGAAUUUUGUCUGACCGUGUUGGAGGAGCACUGUGCUGAGAAGAAACGCCAAGCUCUGGCCCGGGAGAGGAAGACCUCUGCUGAGAUAGCACUGGAGGAGUUUACACGCUGCACACCUGAACCCAACUCUAUAGAAGAGGAGUGGGUGAAUGUGGGCAGUACCUUGGGGGAUGUGGCUCUGGGCCAGUUGGCUACAGUCAGUUUGCACUCCCUGGACAACAUUGAAACCAGAGCUCGCUGCCUCAGUCUGAUGGGAAAGUACUUUAGACUGCUGGCUGCACAGGAGGACCCCAUUUAUCUGUGUGCUCUGUGGGACAGACACAAACAGAAGGGGGCCUGGUCUGACCCUAAAGCUGUUUCCAUGGAGGAUGAAGAGGAUUUAGAGAAAGACAGAGGAUCCAGUGGAAGAGAACCUAUCGUGACCUCCACUGAAAGUGCUGAGCUGCAGCAGCAGAGGAGGCGCAGAGCCCAGCAGCUGCUGGCACAGGCCAGUCAGACUCUGGCUGAAGCCAUCAGCCUGUGUCUCCAACACAAGCUGUCCUCCUCUAUUCUGGCUGAUGCCUCCAUCAACAUGCUGGAGUGUCACGGCCAGUCUGACCCUGCAGUGGCAGGUCAAUAUCUCGCCCUGUUUCAGAGCUCUUGCGCCGUUACUACGAUGGCUGAGGUUUUAAGUUGUGCCUGUGCUGGCACCAGCAUGUCCCAGCUGGCCUCUCUGUUCAGCCUACACAGGAAACUGCUCAUCUCUCGGGAGGAGAGGCCCAGCAGCAUGCUGAAGGGAGCUGUGGACUCCCUCAGUAGCUUCUUCAAGGCUUUCAGCAGCCUGACCAUCAAUCCCAGCCAUCUAAACAUCCUCACAGAGCUUCCACCCAACCUGAAGAUCAUGUUACUUCAGCACUCUGAAGAUGGGUCAGAACUUUAUGGAGCCUUCUAUGAGAUGACCAAAACAAAUCAAAAGGGAAAGACAACACAAGUUACAGGUACCUUGGCAUGCUCUAAGGUGGCCAAAGUUUCAGUCUGCCCACAGGCUCUGCUGGCACUGAGGGAGCUCACCCAAACCUUUGGCCAGGAGACCAGUUAUGCCCUCUACAAGGAUGCUGGUUGGCCCAAGGCUGAGGGCAGGCUGGAGGUCUUUGAGGAGCAUCAAAUUUUUGACCAUAAAACCUCUGCGGAAGAAAUGUUAGCAGCUCGCUUCAGAGAAAUAGUACAAGAUAUGGAGGACUAUCUGAACCCACUCCUCACGCAGUUUGACUUCUCUUGCUUGAGGCCCCAGGAUGCAUCACUGCCAGUCCCUGAGAUGACCAAAACCAAAGAUAAAGAUGAAAAAGGGAGCUCAGUGAAAGCACCGGCAGAACAAGGGGAGUAUGUGGUGUUGCUGGCAGACCAGAAGUUGCUGGAGUUGCCGCUAGAAGCCCUGUCCAUCCUGCAUGAAGAAGGCGUCUGUUCUGUGUCACGAGACUUCUCCCUCCAGCUCCUCCACAGUCGUCUGAACAGACAGGAACCAGAGAAAGUUGAAAGUGACAACAAAAAGGAGACCAAAGGUGGCAGAGGAACCAAGGGGAAGGGAGAUCAAAGCCAAGCCAUCAAAGCAGCGCCUGUGAAUCGUGUGUUGCCCUCUAACACCUUCCCAGUGGACACACACAACUUCAAAUAUAUUGUUGACCCUCACAAUGAAGGCAAGCUUGGUACAGAUGGGACCAGUCUGAGCGUAAGGAUGAAUGAAAUUCUGGAAACCCACAGCCAGCAUUCUACCAAACUGUGGGAAGGCUUCAUGGGCAGCAAGCAAACACCCAGCCUGUUCCAGAUGCAGCAGCUGCUGCUGUGCAGAUGCAGUGCCUUCAUUUACCUGGGGAUGGAGCCCUUCACAGCAAACAUUCCACCUGCUAAACUAGCGCCAAUGAAUCUGUCUGAGUGUCGCAUGGCUCUGCUCUUUGACCUGGUUCAGAACCACGCAAGUGUUCACCGCCAAUCAAACACUGAUGUGUACAAGAGUGCAGAACAGCUGGACUUGGAGAAACCUCUGAAGACUGCUAUGCUGUUGAGUAUGGGUGGUGUCGGCUGUGUCGUCCUCAAUCAGUGGCACAGUAGCUUUCACCAGAACACACACAAUAUGGCCAGUGUUCUAGACAAUCUACUGAGGGCCAGACACACCUCUGGCCAGGUCAUCCAUGCCCUGAGAAGAAAAGACAGUUUAGCGAUACCAAAUCAAAAGGUCACAGGAUCAGAACAAGCGCUCCUCGCUGACUCAAAGGAACAUGAUGUUCAGCACAAAACCACUCUCACGCCAUCAGCCUUCAACUGCAUUCUUUAUGGACUCCCUAACUUAAUUGUCACAUAAAAUACUGCAUAUAUCAGUAUUUCCAACUUCAAGUUCUGACUUCAUGAAAAUACUGAUAAAAUACUUGAUGUUUUUAAUAUUGUUCACAUUGUACACAGCAGAUGCACUCAACUCAUAUGAAAUGUAUUUCUGUUUGAAAAUGUAAAUUCAGAGAAUGCCUUUAUCAGACACUGCAGUUCAAGCUUAAUCCUUAAUAUUUAAUAAUAUUUGUUGGUGCUUUCACUAUGUUAAUUAGUAAAUCCCUACAUGGUAAAUACACCCCUUAAGAAAUAAAUGUUCCUACUGCAAGAACUGUGUGGCCCGAGGUUUGAAUUCUGCCCUAUUUAUCAUAAUUAAGAGGAACUGCAGCACAGAGGUUGCUGCUUGGUAUAGAAGUCACAGUCUAAUUUUAGA